AUUAUUAAUUGAAAAAAUUCUUAAACAUACAAUAUUAAAUCAUCCUGGUUAUCGAUAUAUACAACAAGCAUAUGAAUGUGCACGUCAAUUAAAUGAACGAAUAAAUAAACAGAUAUGUGAACAAGAAAAUAAUUUACGUUUAGAUUGGUUACAACAACAUGUUAUAUUAAAUACAGAUGAAAAUUCUACAGAUAGAUAUGUAUUUGAUGAAUUAAUAAAAUUUAAUUCAAUAACUAAAUUUCAUAAACAACGACAAUUACUUUUACAUGAUCAUGAACAUGAUUCACAAGCUGCUGUUGCACAUUUUGUUCUCGUUAUAUUAGAAGCUCGUGAUUUAAAAUCACCCACGAUAACAGUUGAACGACACCGUUCUUUAAAUCCCUAUUGUGAAAUAACUGUCGGUUCAUUAACAUUAAAAACUUCAUUUAUGAAAAGAACAAAUAAUCCAAAAUGGAAUACAUCUAUACAAUUCUCUCUAUAUGAUUUUGCUAAAGAUAUUAUACAUAUUAAUAUAUUUGAUAAUGAAUUUUUUUCACCGAAUGAAAAUAUUGGUUAUACAUCAAUACAUCUCAUAGAUAUCUUACCAUGUUCACUUGAAAUAUUUCUUACUCAACCAUCACAACCACUUACACAAACAAUUUAUCUAAACAAUGAAGCAUCGGUAAUCAUGAAAUGUACUAUACAAUUUUUAUUAUAAUAUA